AUGCAGGACAAUAAUUUAAUAUUGCUUAUAGAGGCGUUAUACUCUAACAAAAGUGAUUUCGAUGAGUUCACAAGAUCCGCUUACGUAUUACUGAAUGAUGUUAUCCAUUGCUAUGAUGUAAAGUAUUUUUCAUUUCAUACCAUUAACGUAUUAGGAAAAUUUUUAUCAUAUAUAUUAAGACAUUUUGGGACAGUAGAUUAUUUAAACAUCAAAUGUAUCGAGACAUUAAAACACUUAUUUACAAAUAAUUCACUCUCAAUCAAAUUGAAGAACUUAUUAAUUUACGUGUUAGAAUUGGAUAUAGCUUCUAAUUUAUUGAAAAAAGAAUCAGAAAUCGAUCAGCAUACAUGGGAUUGUAUUUGUUGUUACAUUAUUCAUUGUAAAAAUAUUGCACCGGCUAUACGUAUUCUAAUAUCUGUAGGUGUGUUGACAAUUUCCAGUCCAGUUGAACACAAACGUUGUAUCAUUAAAUUACACCAUUUAAUAUAUUUGAUGACGAAGUACAAGAUAGAUUUUUACGAGAUUGUAAUGACAUUGAAAUUACUUAUAGAGAAGUCAAAAGUAUUAGAUUCAAGGAUUAAAUCAUUUUGUUUGAAUAUUAUGCAAUUAAUUUAUUGGUGUAUUGACCGUCUGGAUUAUCAGAAUGGUAUAAAUUAUAUACAGUCUCAAAUGUUUCAUACAUUGAACAAUAUUGGUGAUUUUUCACAAGUCAAAUUCGUACCAUAUAAUUGGAGUGUUAAUAACAAUGAGAAAAUAUCAGAAGAUAUAUUCACAGAUUACUCAACUCCUUUUAAUGAAUUUUCUAUUGCAUCCAAACAGUCAAUUAUGAUACCGAUUAACAUUCAUUACCAAUUAUACAACAGACGCGAUCAUUCAGUCCAGUUGAAAGGAAUAGAAGCUCUAAGAUUAUUUACUUGGAAAAUGUUUUGCGGUGAAAAUUCUUUUCAAUUUUAUCCAAAUCUUAAAUGUUAUAUAAAGAAUAUUCGAAUUUUUCUGACAAAUAUAUUGAAUAUAAUGCAUAAUCAGUCAGCAAAUAUGAUUUUUCAUCUUUCUGACGUUGUAUUGAUGCUACUACAUUAUUUACCCAAUUAUGUUAUAGAAGCAAACACUAGAGAAAUAUUUCAAUUGUUUAAUCCAAUUUUAACAAAUAAUUUAAAGCCAAUGCAUCAAACCAUCCAUAGAAUCUUGUUACAGUUACUGAGAUAUUUUAAACCCGAUGUUAUACUGGAUGAAUUAUGGAUAUAUUCUAAAAAUACAAAUUUCCGUAUACGUACAAAUGCAUUAUAUUGUAUGGCAUUUAUCUUAAAUAACUUGUCUGGACGAAAUAUCGAUACAAUGAAGAUGAUAGAAAGAAUUGUUCAGUGUUUGAAAGAUAAAAGUGGAGCAGUUCAGUCAGCAGCAGCCGAAUGUUGUGCAAUUCUUGUUGGUUUAAAUAAUACAAAAUAUAAUGCAUCAAUUCUAUACAUGAUUGAAAAUCUUUUACUCAACGAAAUAUCUAUCAUGGAAGUGCAUCUUUUGUUAGAAAAGAUAAAGAAAUUUAUACAAAAAAAAGAUUACAAUGAGAAUUUCAAUAAUCUAACGGAUUUGCCAGAAUUCGAAAAUGAUGUAAAACACAAUUAUAUUGAAGGAAUUCAUCAAUUGGAUUGUAAAAAUUAUACUCUUGAUAAAUCUGUCAGUCAAAUUCCUUCAAAAACAUUUGAUAUAUUGGAAAUGUCAACUACUCAACUGGAUUCGAACAAAGACAAUCAUUUCAAUGGGUCAUAUUUGCAUAUAUCUGAACAUCGUAAACGUUUGAAAUCACAUAAACCAGAUGUUCAUGAAUCACUUAGGAGGUGCAUUGAUACAGUGAAAACUUAUGAUUUUUCCACUCCGAACAAAUGUCAAUCAGACCAUGUUAAAAGUGUGAAUGGUCUUCCAUACAUAGAAAAAGCUCAUGAUGAACUAACCACUAUGAUGAAUACAUUACCAGAUAUUCAAAGUAGAUUAAGUGAAGAAGAAAUAAAUUGUCCAGUUAAUUGGUAUAACGGUACAACUGAAAAUCAGAUAUAUCGAGGUCUGGAGAGUUUACGUUAUUCUGUAUCCAGAAGACGUAAACAAUGGUUAUUUAAUCAGUUGGCUAAGAUGAAUGUUAAAAAGUUAUCAGCUAGUAAUCAUGAUCAAGAAGAACAAAUUAUUCCAGGACAGAGGAAAUCAAAGUACUCAUCAUCAUAUAAAGAAGGAAUUAAAAGUGAUUCACAUGUGAUAAAGAAGUCUGUUAAUCGUUAUAAAUUGAUCAAUAAGCCAGUAACCGUUGAGAAAGAAAUCAUUGAAUAUAUAACAUCUGAUAAUUGGGAAGAACAGAUCAAAGCUGCAGACAUUAUACAAAACCUACUUGAAACAAUGAACGUCAAGUCACUAGAGAUUUUAUUCAGUAAUCCACAACACAUAAGCAUGCUUGUUCGUGGAAUUGAACAAACUGUUACCUGUUUACGUUCACAAGUUUCGUUGAAGGGUUUAAAAACCAUUCGGCUUUUAUGUAAUUAUUUAAAUGCUAUAAAACAAGGUCACCUAUUCAAUUCACAUGCAGAGGUAAUCAUCACAACAUUACUGGGUCGUAUUAGUGAAGAUUCCAGUACGAAAUUCUUACGACAAGAAUCGUACAAAUCAUUAGAGGCCUUUAUAUCGUGUAUAGAUGAAGCAAUCGCUGUACAAAUAAUGUGCACGAAUUCAUGGGACAAAUUUAUGCGUAGUAAUAUCCGACGAAACACAAUUGGUCAAAUGCUAGAAUACAUAUUUUGCAAAAAGUUACAAACUGGAAAAAAAAGUACUAUAUUAUUUAAACGAUUAGGAGUCAAUGGAAUGGAGCAUUUAUUGAAAGUUGUCCAUCAACUAACAAAUGAUAAAGUUUCAAGUACAAGGUUAUGUGGACGCAGGAUUCUUGAACAACUCACUUUGAUUACAGACAUAACUAAAGUUAACAAACACAAUACUGUUGUGGAAAAUUAA